UUUUGGACUACAGUCCAUGGAGUCACAAAGAGUCAGACGUGACUGAGAGACUAAGCACGGCACAUCCUUGUGACAGGAAAAGGGAAAUUUGAACUGAAAGUGUGCUUAAGACCUUCUCAGCACCUGUAGGUGGGGCAGAGAAGACAGAUCCUAGCUUCAGAGGCCUGCCAGGGGAGGUGUUAUUUUGUGGGGACUGGGUGUGAAUUGAGAACGUGAAUAGAGAACUUGUGCGACUCUGUGGAAAAAACUAGUGAUAACUGUGGGGUUCAGGCUGGCUGGGGAAGGAGUGGGGCCAGGAAGGUGGCAGUAAACUCGAGAAGCUGGUGGGCGCCAAAGGCUGGAGCCCCGAACAGUGCAGGGGAUGGGGUCAAUGGGAGGGACGGGGGAGCUGGGAGGAUGGGAAGCUGUGGUCAGACAAUGUGAGUUUUGCAGCAGUGGGGCCUCUCCAGGUGAUGAGACUACUUAGGUACGAAACCCAAACGCCUCAAGGGGCAGGCAGGUAAACUUCACACAAACGAAAUCUGUCUGCUGUUUGUGGAGACUGUAUUGAGUAUGAGCAUUGGAAUUUGUGAAGUGGGGAAGAGUCGAAGUAUAAAAAUGUAUGUCAUGUAUGAUGUGUGUUACCUUCUCAGUGAUAUUCAUAGGGUUGUCGUUAUGCGAUGCCUCUUAGGUCCCUAACAGGAUUUGGUUGUGUUUAUCCCUUUAUUCAAGCUAAGCAUAAUGGAGACCUUUCAUGUUUGCCUAUGUCUUUAUUUCUUAGCCCAUAGGUCAGCUAUAAUAACUUUUCCUUUCCUCUCUCUUUGCAGAUACCAAAUAUUCCUCUAUUUUAUAUGUGCCUUCCAGAAUAUCUCUUGUGGUAUCCACUACUUGGCUUCUGUGUUCUUGUCAGUGUCCCCCCAGCAUACCUGUAGGCCCCCAGGCAAUGUGAGUCAGGUUCUUUUCCAAGACCUCUCUACUUGGCAGUUGGAGGACAUCUGGACCCAGGUCUCCGUGGGCCGUGAGGAUCACAUCCUCGUGCAGCUGCAGGACGGGGAGGUCUGGGAGCUCACCAGCUGUCGGAGGUUCCGGAGGGAUGAUCAGUCGAGUCUGGACUAUGAGUACAGCGGCCGGAAGAGCAGCUUCCCUUGCUUGGAUGGCUACAUCUACGACAGAAGCAAGUGGCUCAGCACUGUGGUGACCCAGUGGGAUCUGGUGUGUAACCGAGAGUGGUUCGGAAGGCUGAUCCAGCCCACGUUUAUGUUUGGAGUCCUGCUGGGAGCAGUGAUCUUUGGCUACCUCUCCGACAGGGCAGGAAGACGCCUUGUUUUGUGGGCCUCAAGCACCGGUGUAUUUUUGUUUGGCAUAGCGGCGGCAUUCACAUUUGAUUAUUACAGCUUCAUAGUCGCACGCUUUCUUCUUGCUAUCUCUGCAAGUGGCUAUCUCGUGGUGGUGUUUGUCUAUGUGACAGAAUUUGCCGGCAUGAAGUCUCGGACGUGGGCGUCCAUCCACUUGCAUUCCUUUUUUGCCUUUGGAACCAUGGUGGUGGCUUUGACGGGCUACUUCGUCAGGACCUGGUGGAUCUAUCAGAUAGUGCUCUCCUCCGUGACUGUCCCCUUUAUCCUGUGCUGUUGGAUGCUCCCAGAGACACCUUUUUGGCUUAUCUCAGGGGGAAAAUAUGAAGAGGCACAAAAAGUAAUUGAUACGAUGGCCAAGUGGAAUAGGACGAGAUCCUGUAAACUGUCAGAACUUUUAUCACUGGAUCACGAUGGUUCUGCUGGUAAUAAGCCCUCUCAAGUUGAGAAGCACACCCUGUCAGAACUGUUUUAUGACUGGAGUAUUGGAGCAAGGACACUUAUUCUUUGGCUGAUUUGGUUCACAGGGUGUUUGGGGUUCUACACCUUCUCCUUGAAUUCUGUUCAUUUGGGAGGCAGUGAAUAUUUAAAUCUCUUCCUUAUGGGGGUAGUGGAAAUUCCUGCCUAUGUCUUUGUGUGCUUGGGGAUGGACCGUGUGGGGAGAAGAAACAUUCUGAUUUUCUCCCUUCUGUCAAGCGCAGUGACCAAUGGUGUGAUUAUGGUGAUCCCCAAGGAAUACCAUUUUUGGCUAGUAGUGGCAACUAUGGCUGGAAAAUUUUUCAUAGGGGCAGCGUUUGGCCUUAUAUACCUUUAUACAGCGGAGCUGUAUCCAACCAUUGUAAGGUCGCUGGCUGUGGGGAGUGGCAGCACGGUGGGCCGUGUGGGAAGCAUCGUGGCCCCGCUGUGCAUUUAUCUCUCCAGCAUUUGGAUCUUCAUGCCACAGUUGCUUGUUGGGACUUUGGCCUUAGUGAGUGGAGUUCUAACAUUCUUGCUUCCGGAAACCCUCAGGAGGCCUCUGACAACUACUUGGGAGGAGACUGAAAAAGAGAGCAGUUCAGGCAAAUUACUUUCCACAACCAGUAAUACUGUGUUAGAAAAUGUUGCAGUGGAGAACUCUGAGGAUUCUAGUCUUAAUAAAUAAACGGGCCAGAAGUGCUGUCCAGCACCCAAAAUGUUGUUUAAUGCUUUUGUGUUAGAGGAACAUUAUUCUCAUCUCCUGCAUGCCAUGUAUAUGUGUCUUUGUAAAGUUUUUGUAAGAAAGUUUUGAAACGGUUGUUUUGUAAAAGUAGAAGAAAUAAAACGCAAGAUGAGAAUUCUC